AUGUCGACCAAAACUCGCCCCGCUAUCCCGCCCGUCGUCAUGGACAGCAUUACCCAGCAAAUCGGCAACACGCCGCUCGUCCGCCUGAACAAGAUCCCUCAGUCUCUCGGUAUCCGCGCCACCGUGUACGCAAAGGUCGAAGCCUUCAAUGCCGGCGGCAGUGUCAAAGACCGUAUCGCGCUGCGCAUGAUCGAGGAAGCCGAGAGGUCUGGCCGCAUAAAGCCCGGUGACACACUCAUCGAGCCCACAUCCGGCAACACGGGUAUCGGGCUUGCGCUGAUCGGCGCGGUCAAGGGCUACAGGACAAUCAUCACGUUGCCCGAGAAGAUGAGCCCGGAGAAGGUGGCGGUUCUCAAGGCGCUUGGGGCAGAGAUUAUCCGAACGCCGACGAGUGCGGCGUGGGAUAGUCCCGAGAGCCACAUUGGCGUUGCCAGGCGCCUGGUCAAGGAGAUCCCCAAUGCGCAUAUCCUGGACCAGUACUCCAACCCUGAUAACCCGCUCGCGCACGAGUACGGCACGGCCGAGGAGAUCUGGACACAGACCGAGGGCAAGAUUACCUGUCUUGUGGCUGGUGCAGGUACCGGCGGUACUAUUACAGGGCUUGCGCGUGGUCUGAGAAAACACAAGCAGGAUGUCAAGAUUGUGGCGGCAGAUCCUCAUGGCAGUAUCCUCGCUCUUCCUCCAAGCCUGAACGAUGAACGCGUGAAUGAGGGCUACAAGGUCGAGGGCAUUGGAUACGACUUCAUUCCUGAUGUCUUGGACCAGAAGAUUGUAGACAAGUGGUACAAGACAGAAGACCGGACGUCCUUCCUGUAUGCGCGCAGAUUGAUCUCCGAGGAAGGCAUCCUAUGCGGUGGUUCGUCUGGCAGCGCAAUGGCAGCCAUGGUCGAAGCUGCAAAGGACAUGAACCUCACCGAGGACGACGUCGUAGUAGUCAUACUCCCCGACAGCAUCAGGAGCUAUCUCAGCAAGUUCGCCGACGACGACUGGCUCGCAGCAAACGACCUCCUCCCUCCCACCCCCCCGCACACACCCGCCGCCUCCCUCCGCCGCCUUUCGACAAGCAAGAAAACCGACCCCUUCCACAGCGCCACAAUCGCCUCCCUCCGCCUCAAACCCGUCACCACCAUCCCCGCCCACUCCCCCUGCAGCGAAGCCAUAGAAACCAUGCGGGAAAAGGGCUUCGACCAGCUCCCCGUGAGCACAUACUCUGCGGCGGGAAAAGCUAAACUCGUCGGCCUCGUCACCCUCGGCAACCUCCUAUCGUACAUUGCCGCGGGUCGCGCAACGCCCAAAUCGGCCGUCGAAACCGUCAUGUUUGAUUUCCGCAAGCUGAACGAGGUUGUCAAGGACCUGGGUCGCUUGUCGCUUGACGGCGACAAUGCAAAGAAUACGCAAAAGGCGGGUCAUAAAGGUCGUCGCGAGUUUGUGGAAAUCACAAAGGAGACUAGUCUGAGUGAUUUGAACAAGUUCUUUGAGUGGAAUAGUGCGGCUGUGGUUACGGAGAGGGUGGAUGGCGAGACGAGGGCUGGGAGUGUGAAUGGCAAUGGUGAGGCUCAUUAG